UCCGAUUACGAAGAGUACAGAAACACGCACAUUCGUCGCGAAGAGCAAGCGGGCAUUGUGUUCGACUUCUCCGUCGAGAAGGCCAAACGCUGGGCGAGUGCCAUCAACAUCCCCGACGGGCUGUACAAUGAUGAGGAGAAGGAUCUAUUUUUCCGCCUCGCCAUGCGCGGCUUCGAGCCCAUCGUGCCCAAUUACUGGCGCCAUGACUUUCCGACUCUCCCUGAAUCCUUGUAUCCUCGCAACGAGGAGGGACAUGAAAAGCCGCUGAUCGAUGUGACCAAGAGCUCGGAUAUCUACGCAACCAGAGCCCUCGCCAACCUCUUCGCCACCGGCGGCCAUGUCCGCGACACCAGCAUCAUGCACACCAGACCCGAACCCCUCAUCAAACAAGCCAUCAACCACUACAUCAAAUGGGCCUUCUACGACUCCGAUCUCAACCCAUCCAAAACCGCCCUCCCGGUCCACGUCAUCUACGACCAAAAGAAACACGAAACCACCCUCCAGGCCCUCCGCGCCAUCAAAAAGCGCCUUCGAAAGCUCGUCAACCAGCACAGCGACGCGCUCCGCAUAACAUCUGCGCGUAAUACACCGGCCGAGUCAGAAGAGCUUAAAUACCCCCUCCUCAUCGGGAUCAUCAUCUGCGGUCCUAUCUUCGCUAUCGUGACGCAUACGACGGACCCCGAGGAGGGGGCUGAUAACGAGGAUGGUCGGUUUAUCUCCCAGUUUGAUCUGUCGGAGAGGGGCCAGGACGUGUGGAAUUCUUUUGCCAUUGCCAUUGCGGUGAUGCAUAUUCGGAGGACUAUGUUGUGGCUGGCGAAGGAGGGGAGGUGCGGGUAUAGUAUGCAGGUGGAGAGGGAGGUGGUGGAUGAUGUGGAUCUUUGA